AUGAUCAAAUAUAUAAUCAACAAUACGGUCUUACCAAUUGUUGCAUUUAUAAUAAACAAUACUCCAAGUUUUAUAUGGGCUAUAAUUGAAUUUAUAAUAGAUAUAUGUUUCUUUUGGGUUAAACAUUUAUAUCAUAUAUAUUAUAGAAAAGAUCCAUUAAAAGAUCAUAUUAAGGAUUUAACUAAUGUUUCGAAUUAUAAUGAAUGGAAAGAAAUUGCAUUUGAAAUUGAUAAACUUACAAAUAUGGAUUUAUGGAGACAAAAUUUUAUAAGUAAACAUUAUGAUUAUGUUUUAAUUAAUGAACGUAUAAAAUUAUUAGUUGAAGCAAGAGAAAAUCAAGAUUUUCAACAAAUUAUGUCUUUGCUAAGGUCAGGAUUAAUUAGGAAUUUUGGAGGAAUUGCUCAAAAAAGAUUAUAUUUAAAAUCUUAUAUGGGUACAAAAUUUAAAAUUGAAGAAUAUAUAAAUGAAAUUUUAAAUUGUUUAGAAUUUUUAAAUGAAAGUUUAAGUAGUUCAAAUGGUGAUGAUUAUGUUAUGAAUUCAAAACAAUUAAAAUUGGAUUUUUUCCAUGAUGCAAGACAAAGUUUUGGAUCAACUGCUUUAUUAUUACAAGGUGGUUCAUUAUUUGGAUUAUGUCAUUUAGGUGUUGUUAAAGCAUUGUAUUUUAGAAGAUUAUUACCUAGAGUUAUCGGUGGUAGUGCUGUCGGUGCAGCAGUUGCUUCUCUUGUGUGUACUUUAACUGAUGAUGAAUUAAUACCAAUAUUAGUUAAUAUUGAAGAAUUGAUGAAAAAUAUAGAUGUUUUAAAUCAUGAAAUUGAUGAACGAUAUGGGAAUGUUAUUGAGAAUGUUGUUAAAAAGGGUUAUAGUCAAGAUAUCUUGUUGUUCUUAAAAUUUGUUAGAGAUACAAUUGGUGAUGUAACUUUUGAAGAAGCAUAUAUGAAAACAGGUAAAAUAUUAAACAUUGUUAUCCAUCCAACAAAUAGAAGUGUACCAUCAUUAUUAAAUUAUAUAACUGCUCCAAAUGUUAUAAUUUGGACCGCGAUUUAUGCAUCAAUUGGAACUGGAGUAUUAUCAGAUGAUAUUGCAUUAUAUGUCAAAGAUUUUAAUAAUGAAAUAGUUUUACAAACUCCUGAUAUCGAUGUCAAAUUUUUAAAACCUCAAGAUGUUAGUUAUCAAACUUCAUAUUUCCAAAGUAACAUAUCGAAUAAUAUUCAACAUCAAUCACCAUAUACUAAAUUAACUGAAUUAUUUAAUGUUAAUCACUUUGUAAUAAGUUUAGCACGUCCAUAUCUUGCACCUUUGAUUAGUAAUGAUUUGAAACAUUAUCAUGCAUCUUAUGGUAAAGUCAAAUACGAUAAAAAGAAAAAUUGUUAUGAUGGAGAAAUGUCUAAGAAAGAUAUUGAAAAAUAUACAAAAGAUACAGGUUUUAAUUUUAUGAAAAGAUUGAAGAACAUCAUAGGUAUGGAAAUUCAACAUAGAAUUGUAGUAUUGAACAAACUUGGUUUAUUAACAGAAGUAAUGAAAAGAUUAUUUAUUGAUGAAAAACCAACACAAAUGCAAUAUCUAGCAUCAAUAAGAGAAGUAACUAUCGUUCCUGAAGUUCGUUACUUAGUAAAAGAUUUCGGUAGAGUAUUUGAUGUUCAUAGAACAAUGGAAAAUAUCCCUUAUUGGGUUUUAGUAGGUGAACGAUCAGUUUGGCCUUUAUUUCCAUUAUUAUGGACAAGAUGUGCUAUUGAAUUUGCAUUAGAUGAUUUAUAUAAUUUACAUAGGAAAAGGUCUUGA